CGCUCUGAGUUGGCGGGAGAUUUCGGAGGCGGCGGCCGCAGUGGCGCGGGGCGUGGUCCGUGCAAGGCGCCCCGGACCUAGACCUGAAAUCAGAGGUACAGGGGGCCCGGGACUGACGCGGGGCCGCGGAGAGGGACCUGCCGUCCUGUAUUAAGAACGGAGGCUUCGGACUGAACGGGUGUCGCUCUGAGAUAUAUUCAUUUCUCUUUACUUAGCACUACCCUUCCCCCCUUCCCCUCGCGCCCCUCCCCGUACAGAUUUCCGCUGGGAGUGAGGGGCUUCUCCACCCAGGAUGACUUCAGUGACUAGAUCAGAGACUGCAGAAGAAGAGGAACCAGUGACAUCUAAGGCUCAUGAUCAUCCAUUGGAAUCAAAUGCCAAUCCUGUGGAAGUGUGUAAUAAAUCGCCUGCCUCCCUGGAGAUGACUCAAGGAGUUUCAAAGGAAGGAAUUCGAGUUGGUUGUAGCCCUAAAAAGGGGGAGUGUUGUGAACUCAGCCACGAGGAAGCACUCCAGCCCAGGUCUCUUCAUCUGUCUCCCCAAGAGCAGUCUGCCCAUCAUCGAGACAGAAGGCAAUCCUGGCGGCGAGCAAGUAUGAAAGAAGUCAACAGGCGGAAGUCCCUGCCUCCCUUUCAUCAGGGCAUCACAGAGCUCAGCAAAUCCAUCAGCGUUGACCUAGCAGAAAGCAAACGGCUUGGCUCUCUCCUGCUUUCCAGUUUCCAGUUCUCUGUUCAGAAACUUGAACCUUUCCUAAAGGGCACAGAGGGCUUCAGUCUUGAAAGUUUUAGAGCCAAAGCAUCUUCUCUUUCUGAAGAAUUAAAACAUUUUGCAGACAGACUGGAAAGUAAUGGAACUCUACAGAAAUGUUUUGAAGUUUCAGAGGGAAAAGCAUCAGAUUUGUCUCUGGAAGCAUCAGUGGCUGAGAUGAAGGAAUACAUAACAAAGUUUUCUUUAGAACGUCAGACUUGGGAUCAACUCUUGCUGCACUAUCAGAAGGAGGCUGAGGAGAUCUUAUCCAGAGGAUCAACUGAAACAAAAAUGACUGAAGUUGAACCUACAGCAUAUCUUGGGUCUUCCCAGAAUGAAGUCCUUAAUACAAAGCCUGAUUACCAGAAAAUAUUACAGAGCCAGAACAAAGUCUUUGAUUGUAUGGAAUUGGUGAUGGAUGAAUUGCAAGGAUCAGUGAAGCAGCUGCAUGCCUUUAUGGAUGAAAGUACCCAGUGCUUCCAGAAGAUGUCAGUACAACUCAGCAAGAGGAGUGCGCAACAAUUAGAUUCUUCACCAGCUCGAAAACUGCUCAAGCUUCAGUUACAAAACCUGCCUACUGCACAUUGUUCUAAAUCUUGUCAGUGACCUUAUGCAUCUUCGUGUCACAAGGUGCUCUAGAGGAGAGACGUGGAAAGAAUGCUCCAGCACAUGGUGAUUGCGUGGCAAUCUAAGCUGGUGAUAGUUGCCUUUGAGGAUAAUUGGCUGACUGAAGAGUACUUUGUUGUUGUUCUAACAACAUUGUCCUGGCUGGUGUAGCUCAGUUGGUUGGAGCAUCGUCCAGUGCACUCAAGGGUCAUGGGUUCAAUUCUGGUCAGGGCACAUACCAGAUUGCAGGUUUGAUCCCCAAUCUGGGUAUGCACCGGAGGCAAUUGAUGGAUGUUUCACUUUCAUAGCAGUGUUUUUCUGUCUCCCUCCCUCCCUCCCUCUCUCUAAAACCAAUUUAAAAAAAGUUACAACACUUUUGUAUCCAAAAGAAUGUUGUAUGGACAUUUUCCCCAAGAAUGUGCAAGAUAAUUAAAAUUUUUGUUUUGGAAUGACAUUUAGAAUUAGUAGUUAGUGUUUUAAAUAUUCUUUGUGAUCACAUUUCUUCAUCUUGUGUAGAUGUUUUUCAAGUUUUAAAACAUCCUAAGUCAUUGGGAUCAAAUCCAAUGAAACAUUUUAGAGGUCAAUUGGGUUCUGGUUAUAAAGGAAUGAGACUAAUUUUCUAGUGUGACUUGGGAUGAGUUUAGGUAUAAAAGUUGUGGGCAUUGAUUAUAUCAGGUGGAUAUGUAUAUCACUUCACAGGAUGUCCAAAUUGAGAAAAUACUACCCAUUCUCUAAGUUCUACUGCUCAUAAUGUGCUUCAGUAUUGAGUCAACAUCCUAAAUUUUGGAUUCAUUGUUUUCUGUAUUUAAUAAUCUGCAUUAUAAAAUUGUACAUAAUUAAAAAUUUUCCCUUG